AUGUUUCUCGAGCACUAUGGUCUCGAGGCAGUCGUGAUUGCAACUGUUGCUGGAGCACAUGCAGAUCAAGCCCUCAAAGCCAUCGAGCAGGACAAACACGUCCUCUGCGAAAAGCCACUUAGUAUCCGUGCAGAUAUUUCCCAAUCAGUUGUCGACGCAGCAGCCAAGAAGCCACACCUCAAAGUCCUCUGCGCAUUUUCUCGCCGCUUCGAUGACUCCUACAGGAAGGCAUGGAGCCAGAUGAAUUCGGGCUCCGUCGGUGACGCUGUGGUGUUCCGGUCACAAACAUGCGACAUGCUCAACCCUACCAGGUCCUUCCUUCCCUAUGUCAAAGCGAGCGGUGGCGUCUUUCUGGACCUCAACAUACACGACAUUGACUUGUGCCUCUGGUUCCUCGGAGAGAGCCUCGUCGUGAAAAGUGUGUCGGCAAGUGGGGUGUGUGCCGUUCACUCUGAGCUCGCAGAACUCGGAGAUGUGGAUAAUGGCGUUGCUAUCGUUGAGUUCUGGGGCGGUAAAGUCGCUCAAUUCUUCAAUUCGCGUAUCAUGGCGGCUGGCCAGCACGACAUGUCGGAGGUCAUCGGCACCAAGGGGAAGAUCGUGGUCAAUAGCCACCCUGCGGACUCACUAGUUGAGAUGCAUAAGGUGGGUGGCGUCCGUCGAGAACUGCCCACCGACUACUAUGGGCGUUUCGAACAUGCGUUUGUCACCGAGGCGAUCGAGUUCACGGCUGCCUGUCUUGAUGGCACAGAGCUUCCUUUUGGUCUUCGCGGAGCUGUCAAGGCGGUCGAAAUUGCAGUCGCAUCGAGAGAUAGCCUUACCACAGGCCAGAAGAUCCAUUUUGACGAGCUGGGCUGUCGCAUCAACGUUUAA